GAAACAUGGCUGACGUGUGUGUGGUGUUUGCGGGGUGUUGUGAAAAAGUGAUCAUUUUGUGACCUUCCCACCUGCCUAUGGAUACCUAAUUGCGCUCAGCAGACUCCCGAGUGUUCAGUGCGUACCCUGGUUGGUGAAGAGGACUUGUGUGCGGGCAGAGAGGAGCACAGCGAGCGCGUGACGAGUGGUGUUGGCGAAAUGGCUGACGACCGGGGGAGGCUCUCCUCGGUGGCUGCUGAUGGGAUAGACAUAAAGCGACCUGAGGAGGUUGUCAUGUCCAAUCUGGCGGAUAAUCUCAAAUUUGCCGUCCUCAUUGGACUCGUGGAGGUCGGUGGGCAGGUGUCAAAUCGCGAGGUUGUCAACACAGUGCUGCAUUUGCUCGUUGGGGGUGAAUUCGACAUGGAGCUCAACUUUGUGAUUCAGGAUGCGCAGAAUAUUAAGCACAUGCUGGAACUCCUUGAUCACUGUCCACCAAAUCUACAGGCUGAAAUAUGGAGUGUAUUCAUCGCGAUUCUGCGAAAGAGUGUUCGUAAUCUGCAGGCGUGCACAGAUGUUGGAUUAAUAGAACACGUUUUGGUGCGAUUGCAACGUGCUGAAACUGUUGUUGCAGACUUACUUAUUGAAAUGUUGGGUGUUCUGGCGAGCUACAGCAUCACGGUGAAGGAGUUGAAACUUCUGUUUGGCGCUAUGAAAGCUGUUAAUGGGAAAUGGCCGCGACAUUCAGCAAAGUUAUUAAAUGUUCUACGACAAAUGCCACAUCGCAAUGGACCGGAUGUUUUCUUCAGUUUUCCUGGGCGAAAAGGAUCGGCUAUUGUCCUGCCGCCGUUAGCUAAAUGGCCGUACGAAAAUGGCUUCACAUUCACAACGUGGUUCCGAUUGGAUCCCAUCAAUUCUGUGAAUAUUGAACGUGAAAAGCCAUAUCUCUACUGCUUCAAAACAUCCAAGGGUGUUGGAUACACAGCGCACUUUGUCGGCAAUUGUCUGGUGUUAACAUCAAUGAAAGUCAAAGGAAAGGGCUUUCAGCAUUGUGUCAAAUAUGAAUUUCAACCGAGAAAGUGGUACAUGAUCGCGAUCGUGUAUAUUUACAAUCGUUGGACAAAGAGCGAAAUCAAGUGCCUGGUCAAUGGACAACUAGCGUCAAGUACGGAAAUGGCGUGGUUUGUCUCCACAAACGACCCAUUCGACAAGUGCUACAUUGGAGCGACUCCCGAAGUGGACGAAGAGAGGGUGUUCUGUGGUCAAAUGGCAGCAAUUUACUUAUUCAGUGAAGCAUUAACAACACAGCAAAUUUGUGCUAUGCACAGAUUAGGUCCAGGUUAUAAGUCGCAAUUUCGAUUUGACAACGAAUGUUACCUCAAUUUACCGGACAAUCACAAGCGGGUUCUGUACGAUGGAAAACUGUCCAAUGCAAUCGUAUUCAUGUACAACCCAGUGGCAACUGAUGGUCAACUAUGUCUGCAAUCGGCACCGAAGGGGAAUGUCUCGUUCUUUGUACAUACACCGCAUGCUCUUAUGUUACAGGACGUGAAAGCUGUCGUAACGCAUUCCAUUCACUGUACGUUGAAUUCAAUCGGAGGAAUUCAAGUGCUUUUCCCUCUCUUCUCCCAGUUAGACAUGCCAUACGAUGGCACUAGUGAUGUUAAAAGAGAUCCAGCACUCUGUUCGAAAUUGUUGGGCUUCAUUUGUGAACUUGUCGAGAGUUCCCAAACUGUCCAGCAGCACAUGAUACAAAAUCGUGGCUUUCUCGUGAUAUCAUUCAUGCUCCAGCGCUCGUCCAGAGAACACCUAACUUUGGAAGUUCUCGGAUCAUUCCUAAACCUCACGAAGUACCUCGUGACUUGUCUGUCGGCCAACAGUGAUCUUCUUCUGAAGCAGUUGUUUUGCUUCUCCUUCCUUACAUGGCAGCUCCUCGAUCAUGUCCUAUUCAAUCCAUCUCUGUGGAUCUACACGCCGGCGAAUGUGCAGGCGCGUCUCUACUCCUAUUUGGCGACGGAGUUCCUCAGCGACACGCAGAUCUACAGCAAUGUGCGCCGCGUGAGCACAGUUCUGCAGACUGUGCACACACUCAAGUUCUACUACUGGGUGGUGAAUCCGCGGGCCAAGAGUGGCAUCGUGCCGAAAGGAUUGGACGGUCCGCGGCCGGCACAGAAGGACAUCCUCGCCAUUCGGGCGUACAUUUUGCUCUUCCUCAAGCAACUGAUAAUGAUUGGCAAUGGUGUGAAGGAGGACGAAUUGCAGAGCAUCCUCAACUACUUGACCACGAUGCACGAGGAUGAGAAUUUGCAUGAUGUCCUGCAAAUGCUAAUAUCGCUCAUGUCUGAGCAUCCAAGCUCAAUGGUGCCUGCCUUUGAUGUCAAACACGGCGUGCGGACGAUCUUCAAGCUCCUCGCCGCUGAGAGCCAAUUGAUUCGCCUCCAAGCACUGAAACUUCUCGGUUUCUUCCUAUCGCGCAGCACUCACAAGAGGAAAUACGAUGUGAUGUCACCACACAAUUUGUACACGCUGUUGGCGGAAAGGUUGCUCUUGUAUGAAGAGUCACUGUCGUUGCCAACGUAUAAUGUGCUGUAUGAAAUAAUGACAGAGCACAUAUCUCAGCAGAUCCUCUAUUCAAGACAUCCGGAGCCGGAAAGUCAUUUCCGUCUGGAGAAUCCGAUGAUCCUGAAGGUGGUGGCAACGCUGAUCCGGCAAUCGAAGCAAACGGAGCAAUUGCUGGAAGUGAAGAAGCUCUUCCUCUCGGAUAUGACACUCUUGUGCAACAACAAUCGCGAAAAUCGUCGAACGGUGCUGCAGAUGAGUGUGUGGCAGGAGUGGCUCAUCGCGAUGGCGUACAUUCAUCCGAAGAAUGGUGAGGAACAGAAGAUAUCCGACAUGGUGUAUUCGCUGUUCCGCAUGCUGCUGCAUCACGCGAUAAAGCAUGAGUAUGGUGGGUGGCGCGUGUGGGUGGACACAUUGGCGAUUGUGCACUCGAAGGUGUCCUAUGAGGAGUUCAAGCUCCAAUUCGCCCAGAUGUAUGAGCACUAUGAGCGCCACAGGACGGACAACAUCACGGAUCCGGCACUGCGACAGGCGCGCCCCAUCAGCACGAUAAGCGGGUGGGAGAGGGAGUCCGAUCAGCCGGCCGAGGGGGCGUCCAUUGUGGAGAUUGAGGGUGGCAAAGUGUGCCAGAAGAUCAGCACGGCGACCGCCACGGAGGAGGAGUGCGACGGGGAGAACAAUAAGAUGAAAUGUGGCUGUGAGGAUGAGGAGGUGAAAGUCACCGCAUCCGCCGACUCUGUCCAGACGAUAUCGCACAUCUCCGAUGUGUACAGCAAGCAGGUCAGCGAGGCGAUUUGCAAUGGGAAUGCCCAUGAUUCCAGCACGGAGGAGGAGAAAUCACCGGCCAAGGAGGCGGCGAAGGCGCCAUCCGGCGGGCCCGAAGUGCUGAAGCAGGUGCUGGAGGUGGAUGUGGAUGUGGAGGAGCCUCACGAGGAGGGUGAGACGAAGGAGGUGGUGGAGCAGAUUGUGGAGGAGAUAAUUGAGAAGUCGGAGAAGUUGCUGAGCGACUGCAAAACCACGUCGGAUGAGAUGAUUAUUGAGACGGAAACGGCGUCGCCGGUGAUAAAGGAUGAGGAGCUGGAGCUGGCGGUGAAUGAGGUGGUGAAGGGUGUCCGUGAGAUUGAGCGCAAGGUGAAGGGUGACAGUGAUGAUAAUCAUUCAAUUAGUAGGAGCAACAAUAAUUUAGAUAUUUCCGAUUCAGCCACGAGCAAUGAUAAGACUGAUUUACUCCUGUCAAGUGCAAUAAUUUGUAAUAGUAGUGCGAUCGCGGCUGCAGAUCGUGUGGUUAGUGAGACGGAUGAUGAAAUUGUUGGGGCGAUUGUUAAGGAGAUAGUUGAGAAGUCGCUGGACGAGGUGACGGGCGUUGAGGUGGAUAUUGUGGAGCAGGCCAAGGAGGUGGUGGACAAUGUGCUGCGAGAUGCAAGUGUUGUGAGCACAAUUAGUUCCAAGCCACUUGAGGAUGCUGCCCGGGAGGAGAUUGCCAGCAGCAUUGUGAACGAAAUGGUGGAUAUUUGUCUGGAUGAUCAAGUGGAAAAAUUGCCUGGAGACGGUGACACGUCGCAAUCGGGUGAGGCGAAAGGCGAGAGGUGUGAGGUGCAAUCGCCUGUGGAGAAAAUUGAUGCGUCGAGCGUGGUGGAAAAUGGUAUUCAGACAUCAGAGACAAAUUCUCCGCAAGUUCAAAGACCGCAGAGUGCAUCGACGAGCACACAAGUGGAGAAUAAUCACUUUGAAUUAAAGAGAUCUAAAUCCGGAUCAACGAGACCAAUGUUCAGUCCGGGUCCCACAAGACCGCCUUUCAGGAUUCCCGAAUUUAAGUGGUCAUACAUUCAUCAGCGCCUCCUCUCCGAUGUGCUCUUCUCACUGGAGACGGACAUCCAAGUGUGGCGAAGUCAUUCCACCAAGAGCGUCCUAGAUUUCGUCAACUCCAGCGAAAAUGCCAUCUUCGUUGUAAAUACUGUACAUUUGAUAUCUCAAUUGGCCGAUAAUCUGAUUAUCGCCUGUGGUGGUCUGUUGCCUUUACUAGCAAGUGCUACUUCACCAAAUUCUGAACUGGAUGUGCUGGAGCCGACUCAAGGGAUGCCUCUCGAAGUGGCUGUGUCAUUUCUGCAGCGUCUCGUGAAUAUGGCAGAUGUCCUGAUAUUCGCCAGCUCACUCAAUUUCGCCGAGUUGGAGGCGGAGAAGAACAUGUCCAGUGGAGGGAUUCUCCGACAGUGUCUGCGACUCGUGUGCACGUGUGCUGUGCGGAAUUGUCUGGAGUGCAAGGAGAGGACCCGCUACAACAAUGGCACCGUUCGAGAUGCUCCUGGUGCUGCUCACUUGCAGGCACUCAUUCGGGGUGCUCAGGCGUCGCCAAAGAACAUCGUUGAGUCUCUGUCGGGGAGCUUGAGUCCCGUGAAGGAUCCGGAGAAGUUGCUGCAGGACAUGGAUGUGAAUCGCCUGAGGGCUGUUAUCUAUCGCGAUGUGAAACGGAUGUUCCAGGAGGAGACGAAACAAGCGCAGUUCCUCUCGCUGGCCAUUGUGUAUUUCAUCUCAGUGCUCAUGGUGUCCAAGUAUCGUGACAUUCUGGAGCCACCCGUGGAGCCUCAGCCACCCAAGGCGUCACCUGUUAUGCAACGAAAUCCCCAAGCUCAAGAACCGUCCGCUCGACCACUCUUCCCGCAAUGGUCACAUCACGUAUACCCACAAUUCUUGCCCGGCUCACAUCCCAAUCACCAAUCACUGCCGCCACCGUCACAGAAUUCCCAGCAACAUCAGGGGCAGCAUCUGACACAUCAGACGCAACACAAUCAUCUGCAUCACAACUCAAAUUUCACGAGUAGCGAGAUUAAUACGAAUUACUAUGCGCGCGAUCACACUGUGCUCGCCAACAACUCGACAAAUGCUUACCUGCGGAGUCGGGCUGGCGGCGGGGCGGUUAGUGGCGGCGGCGGGGGUGGAAGCGGUGCUGGGAAUCACGGAAACGGUGGCGGGGUUCUUCACAAAAAUAACACUGUCAAUAACAAUUACCGCUUUAGGAGUGCUCCAGGCACGAGAACAAUACAGGAUGAGGACUAUGAGGUGAUUGUUGUGGAUGAGAACAAUUCAUCGGUUCUGGCAGACAAUGAGUCACACUCAAGUGGACCACCUUCCAUAAAAGCUAAUCGACAAGUAUCUACAUUAAGUGGAAAUUUACAACCAUUGACACCACCUUUGCAAAAUGUGCCUCAAAAGAUAAAUCGCAAGAGCAUGGAUUCCGACGCUGCAUCUCUCAAUAUGAAUUCCACUGAGAAUGACGGAGUGGAAGUUGAGUCUUCGUCUGAGACAAUGGCUGACGAUAACAAGCCCAACAACUCAAACGACGAGAGCUGGACGGAUGUGAACCUCAAUGAGGAUGCCGGGGGUGGAAGUGGUCCUGGUGGUGAGAAAGUUCGCGAUAUUGAGGGCAAUAUUCAUCACUUGGGCGCUGGAACUGAGCGUGGCGACAAGCCUGAUUCUGAGAUUUCAGUUGUUCGCGUGCCUGACGCGUAUGGCGGUUCGUCCAGUAGCGCUCGAUCUCGACCGGAUGAUCUGCAGAUGAAGCCUCCACUUGUUGGCUCACUGCCUUUGACCACUCCAUCUCGCGAGGCGAGUCUAACGCAGAAGCUUGAGAUCGCUCUUGGGCCAGUCUGUCCGCUGCUGAGAGAGAUUAUGGUGGACUUUGCGCCAUUUCUCUCCAAGACACUCGUCGGCAGCCAUGGCCAGGAGUUGCUGAUGGAAGGCAAGGGUCUGACAACUUUCAAGAACAGUCACAGUGUCGUGGAACUCGUGAUGUUGCUGUGCUCGCAAGAGUGGCAGAAUAGUCUGCAGAAGCACGCCGGCUUGGCCUUUAUUGAGCUCAUCAACGAGGGUCGCCUACUGUCGCACGCAAUGAAGGAUCACAUUGUUCGUGUGGCGAAUGAGGCGGAGUUCAUCCUGAAUCGCAUGAGAGCCGAUGAUGUUCUCAAGCAUGCGGACUUUGAAUCCCAAUGCGCCCAAACUUUGCUUGAGCGUCGCGAGGAGGAACGAAUGUGUGACCAUUUGAUCACAGCUGCCCGUCGACGGGACAAUGUAAUUGCGUCGCGAUUGCUGGAGAAAGUGAGGAAUAUCAUGUGUAAUCGCCAUGGCGCGUGGGGUGACACGAGUGGCACUCCAGUGAAGAUUAUCUACUGGAAGUUGGAUGCUUGGGAAGAUGAUGCUCGCCGAAGGAAGCGAAUGGUGCAGAACCCACGAGGAUCUAGUCAUCCGCAGGCCACGCUGAAGGCGUCUCUUGAGAAUGGUGGUCCUGAGGAUGCCAUCCUGCAAGCUCGAGAGGAAUUCCACUCUCAAAUUGCCGUGACGCGUGGACAGCAGCCACCGCAGUCGACAGCAGAUCUCCUGGAUGACUCAGAGCUGCUGAUUGAGGAUCGAGAGUUGGAUCUUGAUCUCACAGGACCGGUGAAUAUCAGUACAAAGGCCAAAUUGAUUGCUCCUGGUGUUGUGGCUCCGGGAACAGUGUCAAUCACCACCACAGAGAUGUACUUUGAGGUGGACGAAGACAGUGUCGAAUUCCAGAAGAUCGAACCCGAUGUUAUCAAAUACUGCGAUCAUCUGCACGGGAAGUGGUACUUCUCAGAGGUGAGAGCCAUCUUUUCCAGGCGAUAUCUCUUGCAGAAUGUGGCAAUUGAGAUCUUCCUGGCCAGUCGUACAUCCAUUCUGUUUGCCUUUCCCGAUCAACACACGGUGAAGAAGGUGAUCAAGGCGCUGCCUCGUGUCGGUGUGGGCAUUAAAUAUGGCAUUCCACAAACCAGACGAGCCUCAAUGAUGUCUCCGCGACAGCUCAUGCGAAACUCCAAUAUGACACAGAAGUGGCAACGUCGAGAGAUCUCCAACUUUGAGUACUUGAUGUUCCUCAACACGAUUGCCGGUCGCACGUAUAAUGAUCUCAAUCAGUAUCCAGUGUUUCCGUGGGUGCUCACGAACUACGAUUCGCGUGAAUUGGACCUCAGUCAGCCGUCCAACUAUCGGGAUUUGUCUAAACCGAUUGGGGCUCUCAAUCCCAGCCGAAGAGCAUACUUCGAGGAGCGCUACGACAGUUGGGACAAUGACACGAUUUUGCCUUUCCACUACGGCACACAUUACUCCACGGCGGCUUUUGUGCUGAAUUGGUUGAUUCGUGUUGAGCCAUUCACCACGAUGUUCCUCGCCUUGCAGGGUGGCAAGUUUGACCAUCCCGACAGAUUGUUCUCCUCUGUGUCGCUGUCGUGGAAAAAUUGCCAGCGGGACACGUCGGAUGUGAAGGAACUCAUACCAGAGUGGUAUUUCCUGCCUGAGAUGUUCUACAAUUCAUCAAGCUAUCGCUUGGGCGCUCGCGAUGACGGCACUGUGGUGUCCGAUGUGGAGUUGCCACCGUGGGCGAAGAGUCCCGAGGAAUUUGUGCGCAUCAAUCGCAUGGCUCUGGAGUCUGAAUUUGUGUCAUGUCAACUGCACCAGUGGAUAGACCUUAUAUUUGGCUACAAACAGCGCGGACCGGAGGCCGUUCGGGCGACAAAUGUGUUCUAUUACCUCACAUAUGAGGGCAGCGUGGAAUUGGACACCAUUGCGGAUCCGGUAAUGAGAGAGGCGAUAGAGAACCAGAUCCGGAAUUUUGGGCAAACACCCAGCCAACUGCUAAUGGAGCCACAUCCGCCGCGCAGUUCCGCCAUGCAUCUCACGCCAAUGAUGUUCAGCGCGAUGCCCGAUGAUGUGUGCAUGUCCCUCAAGUUCCACCUCAAUUCGCCCAUUAUUCACAUUUCGGCCAACACAUACCCGCAGCUUCCGUUGCCGUCUGUGGUCACGGUCACGGCGGGGCAUCAGUUUGCCGUGAACCGCUGGAAUUGCAACUAUGCGGCCAAUGUGCAGAGUCCCAGCUAUGCAGAGUCGCCUCAGACACCGGGCACAAAUCUGCCCCUCACGAUGGACCCAAUGCUGUCGCAAACGAAUGGACACAACAAUCCGACGAUUCGACGCCACUUGGGAGACAAUUUCAGUCAAAAACUAAAAAUUCGUGCCAAUUGCUUCGUGACGACGGUGGAUAGUCGCUUCCUGAUUGCCUGUGGAUUCUGGGACAACAGUUUUCGCGUGUUUGCCACGGAAACGGCCAAAAUUGUUCAAAUAGUCUUCGGGCACUUUGGCGUUGUCACGUGCCUGUCGCGCUCCGAGUGCAACAUCACCUCCGAUUGCUACAUUGCUUCCGGAUCGGCGGACUGCACAGUGCUGCUGUGGCACUGGAAUGCCAGGACGCAGAGCAUUGUCGGUGAGGGCGAGGUGCCAACGCCAAGAGCUACCCUCACUGGACACGAACAAGCUGUGACAUCUGUUGUGAUUAGUGCCGAAUUGGGAUUGGUUGUCUCUGGAUCGAUAAAUGGUCCUGUUCUCGUGCACACGACAUUUGGUGACCUGCUCAGAUCCCUGGAGGCGCCCACGGAGUUCAUCUCGCCGGAAAAUAUCGCAAUGUCCCGCGAGGGAUUCAUUGUGGUGAACUACGACAAGGGAAAUGUUGCUGCUUACACGAUUAAUGGGAAGAAAUUGAGACAUGAAUCGCAUAAUGAUAAUCUCCAGUGCAUGCUGCUGUCGAGGGAUGGCGAGUACCUCAUGACGGCCGGCGAUCGGGGGAUAGUUGAGGUGUGGCGAACAUUCAAUCUGGCGCCUCUGUACGCCUUUCCGACUUGCAACAGCGGCAUUCGCUCACUGGCACUCACUCAUGACCAGAAAUACUUGCUGGCUGGCUUAGCAACAGGCUCCAUCAUUGUCUUUCACAUUGACUUCAAUCGCUGGCAUCAUGAAUAUCAGCAGCGCUACUGAUAAAAUAUGCCCAUUUGGAGGGCGUGUCAUCAGAACAUUGUGUGCAGAUAUAUGAGAAAGUGACGAGAAGGACGCGACUUUUGCCUCCUCAAAUGGUGAGAACAGGAAGUGAAUGAAUUUGUCGGUGGCGAAGAGAAGAGAAAGAAGAAAUUCUAUGAAACAUGAUACUAUAACAAUGCGGCCAAAAUAAGGUAAGAUAGAAGAUAUUUUUAAUUAUGCUCUUGAAGGUUGGAGAUGGUGACUUUGGAGUGCAUCACACACACACACACACACCCAUUCAAAGUAAAGUAAAACAAGAAGAAUUAGAUAUAACUAUAUUAUGAAAAGAAAAAAAAGUUUUGUCUGCUAUAAAUAGUAAAGGAAGAUAAAGAAAAAAAACAUGAAGAGUGCAAUGAAUUAUAAAAAAAAGGUAUGAAGUAAGAUUUUAAAGAAUCAUAGUAAUCGUCGCGCCAUCGUUGAAUAUUUCGAAUUUUUUACACAUUCACUUUGUUUUUACCUGUUUUUUCUCCACUUUUGGGGUUACCAGUAAAAAUAUGUAGUGGAAUAAGUGAUUAUAGUGAGAAGAAAGAAAGAAAAAAAAGAGAAAUAUGCAUGAGAAACAUGAUAAAAGUCAACUGAUCUUAGAAAAGCAAAGUCAUAGAAUUUCGCAAUCAAAAUAACAUUAUUAAAUAAUACUAAUAAAAGUGAAAAUUAUGAGACGCAGGUCUUGAGUGAGAAAAAGAAAGUGGAGCGAGAAAUUAAUGAGCAAAGUUAUUAAAUAGAAUGUUUUUUAGCGUGUGAAAAAUGCGGUCGAGUAGAUAAAAUAUAUUGUUAUGUUUCAUAUAAUGUACAAGAAUUAAUGAAUUCUAGUCCUCGUUUCCUUAAUCCAUUCCUUUUGUUGGUUUAUAUUCUUCGUCCAAAAUUUCCAAACUAUUUGCACUAAUUGCAAGAAUAAGUGGAAAAAUAUUGCGGCUGAAAUACUUAAUGAAAACAAAAUGAGAGAAACUUAAUAGCAUUUUCUAUAAAAGACACACCACAACGUAUUUGAACAUAGAGAGGUACUUAAAUAGUGCGCAUGAUAGAAGCUUCACCUAUGAAACAGAACAUUAAUAAAUAACAAAAGAAAAAUAUAGUGUUACAUUGUCGCGAAAUUUUUCAGAAGAAAAAAAUAAUGGUGAGCUUUUCCGAACUGAAGUUCUUUUUUGUGAUCUUUCUUUUUACACCAUCUUUGAAGUAUCUGUGAAGAAACACCGCUCAAGAUUGAUGAAGUACUUAACAUGUAUUGUGCAAGUUCUCCCAAUGCGCAUUUAAAUGUUUUAUUUUUUGUGAGAAGUAGACACAAAAGUAUAUUAAUUUUUAGUCUAUUAACUUCAUCCGAAAUGUGAAUAUUGUUAACAUUCCGCCAUCCAAUUAAUGAAUUUUAAAAGAGUAAAGUAAAUUAUAUACAAUUAUGGAGGAAAUUGAUAAUAAAAAAAAAAUAAGACACGAUAGAAAAAAAUGGAUUAAAAAGCACUAAAAUUGUAUUUUAAAAAUACAAAUGAAAAAGAUAUAAAAUAUUAAAUAAUAUUAUGUACUAUAAUAAGAAAUAAUGAAAAUAUUUGCAUUCUGUCCAAGAGAAGAAAAAGAGUAAAUAAAAAAUGAUAUAACUUGAAAAGAGAGAACACACAUAAAUAAAUUUAUGAAAUGAAAACUGGGGUGAUGAAAGAAUUAAUCUAUAUUGAAUUGUAAAUAUGAUCAAUAUUAUAGCUCUUUGUAUUAAUUACCAAUUUCAUCGUCUAACGCGCGGUGAAGUUUUAAAGCAAACGCGAAAUGAAAGUAACUUUUAAUUGCUAAAUAUACAUACACAAUAGAUAAUAUAUUUGGGUGAAAUUGCGAGAUGGUAAAAUUAACUUGUAAAAUGAGUGAAUGACUAUCACUGGCAUUGUAUUAUAAGUGUUUGGUGUUGGUAUAAAAUGAUGAAGAAAAAAUUGGUAUGAAAAUCAUAGAUAAAAAAAAAACGAUUUAUUGCACUUAUUAAAAGCAAAAAGUAAGAUGAAAAACUAACAUUUUAUUGUCAAAGAUUAAAGAAGAGGUAAAAAAAAUGAUGAAACAAUAACGAAUUAGGUCAGAAAACACGUGAAAAAUGGUUUCCACCCCUUGCGUAUUUCUUUUGUGAGUAUUUUUAAAUGCAUAAGAAAAAAAAUAUCGUACUGUUAGUGGACGAGAAAACAUUCCUUUUGUAUUGAUUUCUUUCCGAUCAAAGGAAAACUGUGCAUUUGGCAUCGCUACUUUAUGUUUUAGGAAAAGUGGGAUAUGAUAAAAAGUCUUGAGAAAAUAGUGGUAAAUACGUAGCUUAGAAGCUGAAGAAAUGAUUUACGAAAGGAGAAAAAUCGCAUUUUACAAUUAUAUUGACCUUCUUAUCCAUAUAAAUUGUCACAAAACCUUUUAAAAAUAGACAAGUAAUUGAAAAGUCCUGAUUUAUCGCAGAAUGACGAAAGAAAGAAAUGGUAUAAUUGAAUAAUAGGAGAAGUCAAUACAGAAAUUAAAUUAUGAGACGAAGAGAGCAGAAGGAGAAGAUGAAAGAGAAGCUCAGAAUGCAAAGAGAGCGAUGGAGAGUCAGAUGAAAGAAAAACCAUAUUAUCUUGCGGAGGAGAAAGAUAGAAUAUUGCACAGCUAUGAUCCUGAUUAUAUUUUGUCAAAAUAUAAUGUUUAAAAGAAAGAAUGAUGAUGCAGAGUAAUAUGUUUAAUAAAAAUAAAUUUAUCUAAUAACA